GUCGAGGAAGCUACCUGUACACAGAUAUACAUGUCAACAGUUCCGUGGGUUUACCGCGUUGGUCGAGCGGCGUAAGGACAACGGACUCAGCAACAACAACAUACUAGGUUUAUUUUGCAGCAGAUCGUGAAUUUGUCAGUCCUUGGAGGAGGUUGUGUCUUGUUGAUGGGCAGGGCUAUGCUACUCCAGAGGUGGAUCUGUCCCACCCUCCUCUCAGCUGGCCACCGUUCUGCAGUAUUGAAGAAAGAGACUCCGUUCACCCAGAUGCGUCUCUUUACGAGUCCCAGCAACAGACACGGCAUGGCAGAAGAAGCGAAGAAACUAGCAGGCUAUGCUGCGGUGGAUAAUCACGUUCAGAACAACCAGGUGGUCGGAGUGGGCAGUGGAUCCACCAUUGUGUAUGCUGUUGACAGACUAGCGGAGAGAGUUCGUCAGGAGAAACUCAACAUCGUGUGUGUCCCCACCUCCUUCCAGGCUCGUCAGUUGAUUCUGCAGCAUGGUCUAACCCUGUCUGAUCUGGAUAGACACCCAGAGCUGGACGUGGCCAUCGAUGGGGCAGACGAGGUGGAUGCUGCUCUCACACUCAUCAAAGGAGGAGGAGGCUGUCUGACUCAGGAGAAGAUCGUAGCUGGCUGUGCCAAACACUUCAUCGUCAUCGCUGACUUCAGGAAGGACUCCUCGGUCCUGGGCCAGCAGUGGAAGAAGGGUGUUCCUAUUGAGGUCAUCCCUAUGGCCUACGUCCCCGUCUCCAGGACUAUAGCCAAGCGCUUCGGAGGGGAGGCAGUACUCCGUAUGGCCGUCAGUAAAGCUGGUCCGGUGGUAACAGACAACAGUAACUUCAUUCUGGACUGGAAGUUUGAACACACUCACAACUGGAAGGAGGUCAAUAUCGCUAUCAAGAUGAUACCAGGUGUGGUAGAGACAGGUCUGUUUGUGGGGAUGGCAGAGAGGGUGUACUUUGGAAUGGAGGAUGGUAAUGUUGGUGUCAGAGACCCUCCAGUCGACUGACCUGAGCCCUGCUCCAGCACCCCCCUCCACCUGGAACCAACCAGCACCCCCCCCUCCACCUGGAAUCAACCAGCACCCCCCCCUCCACCUGGAGCCAACCAGCAUCAACCACAAGUGCCCUAUUUUAUUAUGGAUGCAUUCCAAAUGGCCCCCUAUUCUCUAUGUAGUCCACUACUUUAGACAAGAGCCCUAUUAGAGCCCUAUGGGUCCUGGUCACAGAGCCCUAUGGGUCCUGGUCACAGAGCCCUAUGGGUCCUGGUCACAGAGCCCUAUGGGUCCUGGUCAAAGAGCCCUAUUAGAGCCCUAUGGGUCCUGGUCAAAGAGCCCUAUGGGUCCUGGUCACAGAGCCCUAUUAGAGCCCUAUGGGUCCUGGUCACAGAGCCCUAUUAGAUCCCUAUUAGAGCCCUAUGGGUCCUGGUCACAGAGCCCUAUUAGAGCCCUAUUAGAUCCCUAUUAGAGCCCUAUGGGUCCUGGUCAAAGAUCCCUAUUAGAGCCCUAUGGGUCCUGGUCAAAGAUCCCUAUUAGAGCCCUAUGGGUCCUGGUCAAGGAGCCCUAU